AUGAUGUUUAUAUUGCGCUUUGGGGCACCAGGGUUCAUGUUUUGGCCACAGUUGUGGCUAGUGAUGCUGGUAGCCCCACCUCAGUUCCCAGCCCAGAUGGACCCUGAGCUCUUUGAGCCUAGCUCUUUGUUUUUUCCUCACAAGCCCCUUCCCUCGUCUCAACCACUCUACACCUUUACUACUCCAGCAGAGCCGGGGGAAUUGGACUACCCAGGAACCUCUGCACCCAAGAAGAUUUUACUUACACCUGAGGAGUCGACUGGAGAGUCACUGCCGGAUCCAGAUAAGUUUGCUGUUCCGCAUCAGGGUCUGCAUGACAAGCUGGUUGGGCCACAGAGGCUCCCAGAGGUGGAUUCAAUGGUAGAUGGGCAUGAGAAUGAAUACCUAGCUCUGCCGUCUCAAGUCAGAAGAAAGGAGGAGAUUUCUGCUUCAGAGCAGGCUGCAGACCACCAGUCAUGUGUGCUGUGUUCAUCUCCAGUGAGUGACAGUACAACAACAUCACAAUUCGUUUCACUCCUGAAACCGAAGAAUAUAGCUCAGCACUGGCAACUUGCUAAGGAGGAUUUUGGAACUGCUCAUCAAUUAGAAUAUCCUCAGCUUCAGAAACAAACAGUGGAUCUGAGUAUGCAUAAAGCUGAUCAUGACAGCCUACACCUGGGAGAUCUGCAGAAGCCAACUGAGCCUCCACAGCCCUGUGAGCACAAGGAAACAUCCCACUACCAGCUGGAGACCCAGACUAAAAAUCUGGAGGCUCCCCAAAUCCAAUCCUCUCUACCUGAGGGAGAAGGCCCUUAUCAAGACUCACAGCCCGUUGAAGAGAUUGUACCUUUCUUUAUCCAUCGGGAGGCUCUAGGCCAACGAAAGUUUUUUACCAAGGCAGGUUUAGGUAAGCUGUCAGAGAAUGAAGAGGUCAGUGUUCCAUCCCUAAGGAGCAGUGCAACUCAUCUCCCACCUUUGCCAAAUUUCAUCCUGAGACCUGGGGAGAUACCCAAGGAACAAUCUCCAGUACUGCCGUCAGCCUCUACUAAGACACAAGGGCCAACAGUGAACGAGAUGCCAGUUCUAUUGCCUGGUCAAUACCCAACUCAGCGUCCAACAUUACCAAUUGUCACCAUCCCACCACUGGACAUGUGGCUUAGCACAAGUGAUGAACUCACUACAGAGCCUGCACAUUCUGAGGCCCUGCAGGAGAUUACAUCUUCUUCUUUGAAACGUCCGGUGGUGGCACUUGCACUUCAAGAGGAGGUGCAGGCUCAGCAACCAAAUCUGACACCUGUCAUCUUUGAGGCACUGAAAUUGAAGCACCACACAACUCCUCUGCAUACUGCAGAGGUUCAACUCUGCCCACAUUUGCAGACGUCAUCUCAGCAUCCACAGCCAUCUACUGAGGCUAAUAGUCAACAUAAAACACCACAUCAAAUGAAAACUCCAACACCACUGGGUGAGUUUUCAACAUCACCCAGUAUUAUGGUACAACCCAUGGAUAUGGGCCCUCUCAAAAAUGCUAAAGCCACUACAGAGGAUGAACAUUCUGUAGUUCUGCAGGAUAUUACAGCUUCUCCUGUGAAGCAUUCUGAUGUGACACUCACACAUUCAAAGCAGGUGCAGGCUCAGCGACCAAUCCUGCAUCAUUUCAGCAUUCAACCUGUGAACCUAGUCUAUCCUGAAACUUGUUUGCCUACUUUAGGGACUCCAUUCAACCAAAACUGGAAGGAGAGCCCCUCUCAGCCUCCACAGCCAUGUAUGAAGGCUGUAGACCAACACACAGGAACACCUGAAAUGACAAACCCAACAUCACUGGCUCAGGAUACAGCUCAGAGUCUAUCAUUGCCCAGUGACAUGGUACCAAUGAUGCAUAUGGAUGCCCUGAUGAGUGCAAAAGCCACUACAAAGGCUGAAGAUUCUAUGGAACGGCAGGAGGUUACAGCUUUUCCUCUGAAGCAUCCUGGGGUGAUUCUCACACUUUCAGGGCAGGUAGGAGCUGAGCAACCAAACCUGACUCCUGUCAUGAUUCAUGCUUUGAAUGUAGAACAUAUCAGAACUUCUCCACCUACUUCAGAGGUUCAAUUUUCCCCAACUUUGUCAGAGACCCCAUCUCAGCCUCUAGAGUCAUUUGUGGAGGCUUUAGGUCAAAGCAGAGUGUCAUCAGAUACAACAAAUCCAUCACCACCAGACCAGGGUGCAGCUCAGUCUCCAACAUUGACCACUGUCGUGGAUCAACCACUGGAUAUGGGUCAUAGUAUACAUCCUGAACUUACUAUAGAGGCUGAACAUUCCAUGGCACUGCAGGAUGUUGGAGCUCCUCCUCAGAAGAACCCUAAGGUGACUCUUGCACAUUCAGGCCAGUUGGAGGAUCAGCAUCCAAACUUGACUCCUGUGACAGUUACACUUUUGGAUGGGGAACGCUUCAUGACUCCACCACCUGCUACAGGAACUAAACUUCCUUCAGUGAUGCAGGAGAGCCGCUCUCACCUUGCAGAACCAUCUAUCAAGGUUGUAGUUCAACACUUGAUAAAACCUGAAAUGAGAGAUCGAACUCCACCAGGUCAGCACACAACUCGGAGUCCAACAUCACCCAAUGGUGUGGUACAAACAAUGUAUACGACUGCUACCAUUAGUGCAAAAGCCAUUACAGAAGCUGGAUAUUCUGCGACCCUGCAGGAAGUUAUAGUUUCUCCUCUGACACAUCUUAAGGGAACACAUUCAGAGCAGGUGCAGUCUCAACAACCAACCCAGCUUCCUGUUAUCACUCUACUUGUGAACCUGGAGCAUCCCAAAACUCCUCUACCUACUGCUACCAUGAGUGCAAAAGCCAUUACGGAAGCUGGAUAUUCUGUGACCCUGCAGGAAGUUAUAGUUCCUCCUCUGACACAUCUUGAGGGAACACAUUCGGAGCAGGUGCAGUCUCAGCAACCAACCCAGCUUCCUGUUAUCACUCUACUUGUGAACCUGGAGCAUCCCAAAACUCCUCUACCUACUGCUACCAUGAGUGCAAAAGCCAUUACGGAAGCUGGAUAUUCUGUGACCCUGCAGGAAGUUAUAGGUCCUCCUCUGACACAUCUUGAGGUGACACAUUCGGAGCAGGUGCAGUCUCAGCAACCAACCCAGCUUCCUGUCAUCACUCUAUUUGUGAACCUGGAGCAUCCCAAAACUCCUCUACCUACUGCUACCAUGAGUGCAAAAGCCAUUACGGAAGCUGGAUAUUCUGUGACCCUGCAGGAAGUUAUAGUUCCUCCUCUGACACAUCUUGAGGUGACACAUUCGGAGCAGGUGCAGUCUCAACAACCAACCCAGCUUCUUGUCACCACUCCAGUUGUGCACCUGGACAAUUCCAAAACUUCUCUACCUACUUCAGGAACUCAACUCACCCAAAAUUUUCAGAAGAUGCUUUCUCAAUCUCCAGAGCCAUGUAAAAAGGCUGUAAAUAAACCCUCAAGGUAUAAAUCAAUCACACCUAAAAUGACAACGUCAACACCACCAGGUCAGGAUCCAGCUCAUACUCCAACAUCAUGUAAUGGAACCAACCAACCACUGGAAGUAGCGCUCACCACAAGUGCAGCACUCACUACAAAGGCUGAACCUUCUCUGGCCCAGCAUAAGGAUUCUACUACUGCUCUGGCGAAGCCUGUGUUGACAGCUUCACAUCCAAACUUGACCCCCGUCACAGUUCAAUCACUGAAUGUGGAACACAACACAAAUCGUUACUCUGUACAAAUAGUGCGGGACACCACCACCAAUAUCAACAUAUGUGAGCUCUGCACCUGUGAAAACCAGACCCUGUCAUGUACGGGUCUCAGCUCACAGCAAAGGCUGCGCCAAGUACCUGUCCUAGAGCUCAACUCCUUCACAGUCCUAAAUUUUCAAGGAAACUCUAUUUAUACCAUUCAAGAAAGGGCAUGGACAACAUACCGUUGGGCUGAGAAACUAAAUCUCAGUGAAAAUUACAUCACCGAACUACAUAAGGAUUCCUUUGAAGGCCUGCUAAACCUCCAGUAUUUAGAUUUAUCAUGCAAUAAAAUACAGUUUAUUGAAAGAAAUACAUUUGAAGCACUACUUUUUUUACAGUUCUUAAAUCUUCGUUGCAAUUUAAUCACAGAAGUGAGCUUUGGAACAUUUCAAGCAUGGCAUGGAAUGCAGUUUUUACACCAAGUAAUUCUCAAUCAAAAUCCUCUGAAAACCAUUGAAGAUCCAUCUCUUUUUACAUUACAAGCAUUAAAUUAUCUGGACUUGGGACAGACGCAUGUGUCACUCACAGUACUGGAGAACAUUCUCGCGAAGUCUCUUGAAUUGGAAAGACUGAUCUUACCGAGCAUUAUGUUCUGCUGCCUCUGCCAGUUUAAAAAUGAUAUUGAGGAGGUCUGCAAGACAGUCAAGCUGCACUGUGACAGUACAUGUCGAGCCAAUGCCAAGCAGUGUCGGAGAGGCACAUCCUUAGGGAACCCUGAAGGAAUCUUCAUGAAAGUGUUACGAGCCCGGGAACUGAGCACCAGCACACAGCUAACUAUCCAGUCUGAAAAAUUCUCUUCACAGAAAAGUGUGAACAACCAACAGGGCUUUAUGAAAGAGCAGCUAGAUAUGAACGAUGAAAGUGACAUCAUCAGUGCACUAAGUUACAUACUGCAUUUCUUCUCCAAGGAAAAUCGGGAAGACUUAGAGGCAACAAUAUUACCAUUCAUUCAGCUGCUUUUUUCAAAGGUACAUGAGGGUGCUAAUCCCUUAGGCAACAUGAAAAACAACGUGAGAAAGUCUUUGCAAUCUGUGGUCAACAAUGCACAUUUCACAAAUAAACUGAAGAAGCUGAACUUUCCUCAAAAAUUGCUUAAUGAUGAUAUACAGGAAAAAACUAAUGAUGUGAAAAAGGAAAAGAAAAUUGCCAUGCCUGUGCAGUCGAGCCUUUUUGAUCCCAAAUUCAGAGGCCAAAUCUUUCCCAAAAAAUCGGAAAAUGCUGAAGCACCAGAAAACAUCCUGGAAGCAGUUGGGCAUGGAAGGAAAAGACUUCAGAGAGUAAAGAGAGAACUUGAGAGGAACACAAGAAAAGCUGUUUCUUCUUCAGAAAACGGCAUUUUUAUUUUAGAGCAUGCAAACUCUAUAGUUAAAACCAUGGUGGGCACCAAGCCAAUAUUACAUUCUGCAAAAGUUCAACGCUUUCACAAAAUACACUCACGCAUGGCCCACAGAACACAGGAGACCAAGCUGAGUGAAAAGCUGACAAAGGAAAGCACAUGCAGUACACUACUGCUUGCAAAGAAGCCUCCAUUCCCAGCAGUGAAGAGUCUCGCCAGCCUCCCUUCAAAACAGGUGCUCUUAUCUCCAAGAGACCUGGGUAUUCAGGAGAAUCUUGUCUCAGAAUUAUAUGUGCCUUUAGUAGAAACCACCCCUGUAGAAAACCCUGCUACAGAACAUGGUUUUCAAGGAGAGGAUUUUGUAGUAAAACUUAGUGUGCCAAAAAAAACUAUGUCUAAAAAACCAACUCAGAAGGAUCCUCUGGCCAUAGACUCUGCUGCUACUUCAUCCGACCUCACACCAGCUAUGAGGCAGGCCAGGGAGGCACAAUGGCAACACCCCAACACAGGGACUGACUCACCCCACAGGGACUUCACCUCCACACUGCUGUCGGCCCCAGGUGAUCCAUUUGAAAUCUACCUAAACCAGCAACUGUGGCCCCUCAUCCCCAACAAUGACAUCAGAAGGCUGAUUUCUCAGGUCAUCUGGAGCUUAAAAAUGGACUGCUCUGAGGCCCACAUGCAGCGGGCCUGUGCCAAGCUUAUCUCUAAGACGGGACUCCUGAUGAAGCUGCUCAGUGAGCACCAAAAAGUCCAGGUGUUCAAGGCCCCGUGGGACACAGAGGAUCAGAAAAGUGAGGACAACACCAGUGAGACCACAGCAGAGGAGAGUGACGAGAAGGACCAGAAGUCAAGAGAGCUUACAAAAGUUCAAGAACUUGGCUAUUACCAGCUGACCUUGCCAUUAUGUUUGAUGGGAGGAAUGAUGACUUUAAUGGUACUUUUCUACCUAAUUAAGGUACGCUGUCACAGAAGACCUUUACAGGAAGUUGAAAAGUCCUCAAGGGGCUUUUCUCCACAUUGGCAUGGAAGCUGCAAAGCAGAACAAGUGAAGCAGAAGGCUGGUACUAGGUUUUAUAGCCUACUUUUGCUCAGGGAUAUAUACAGACCCAUCAGUAUCUCCCAAAUGAGAAGAAUGGAAGCCAAGCUACAUGAUGAAUCCUCUGAGGAGGAUGAGAUUUUCACAAAGCGUGCUCUGGAGCUUUGUGAAGUCAUCAUAGAAGGAGGGCCCACAGAGUCGACCAAUAAAGAUGAAGACACCGGGGAGCUGGAAGAAGUAGUCAUUCACUAAGCCCUUCCUGCUUCAGGAGGGAUUGUAAAUAGCUUUGCAUAUUAAAAUACAUAACACUUUGUAAAAACUUUUAGCUAUAUGAUGAGAAAUUCAAUUGCAAGUAGUUAAGUAUGUGUGAGCACAGAACAAGAGCAGAGGCAAAAAACAGUUGGGGUAAAGCUUGGAUCGUCUGUGGCUGUCAUGCUUCCAGGAGAGGCAGCGUGGUAGCUUCUCACUCUCAUCACUCAACACAGUCAGCCUCUGCAACCAAAAGCACAUCCUCCACAAGCAGGGUGGAUUCUCAGUCAAAUCAUUAUUGUUCUCAUGCACUCUCCUCUGCUUUUGGAGAACCAGUUACACAGUGGUGUAGGGGAGCACACCCCUCUAACCCCAGCACUCUGGGAGGGGGAAGCAAGAGGAUCACAAGUUUGAGCCCAACCUGGGCAAAUUAGUGACUCACAAAACCCUGUCUCAUAAUCAAAAAUAAAAGAAGGCUGGAAUGCGGCUUAUCAUAAAGGGCUUAGCUCAAUCCUCACUUACACAAAAAAGAAUGAGCCAAUCUAUUCCCUGCCUACCUGGCCUCUUAUUCUUAUUCUCCCAGAAUGCUGGGGUCAUCAGAAUAUUUGGAUUACUGAGCCUACUGGCUUCAGCGGUCAAGUCCUUGUAUUUCCGUCCAAGUCUUAAAACUCAUGUAUGAAUGUGUAUUCCAUCUUGGUAGCAGUUCUCCAUCCUCACAAGCUAAUAGAAAAUUCCCAUUGGUUUCUUUGUAUGUUUGCUUUGUUUAAAUCCUAGUACUUGGCCAAACAGCACAGAGGUGUGGAGGGAUAACAUAAAAAAAAGAAUGCAUGAGAUCAGUCAUUUACAGCCUUGGGCACUGAUUUCAGCUAUAGGUUGGGCCACUUAUCCUUUCACCCAUGGACUGCCCCAGCCCUCCUGACCCACCAAGGGCCAUGUGUGUGCUGCUUGGUUCCUUCCAGCAGCUCUAUCCAGAUUUGCACCUAUGCUCUUUCGGUCCAAUCCAAUGCCAGUCUGCAUGAUUCCAAGUGAUAAUUUGCAGAUGAAGCAAGAGUUCCUCCACUUUAUCUCCAAAGACAAAAUCAAUAAAGGAUGUUUAGUACAUCAGUGGGAGGUCAGUACAUUGGUGAGUAAGAGAAGAUCUCAGUGUACAAGAACUGAGAAUCCACCUACUGACUGCAAAAGCAUCCUGGUACCCUUUCAUAGAGAGAAACAGUGCCAGAGGCUGCUGGAAUGACGAGCCUGGCAGACACACAGGUGGCCAGUGUUGCUGCAAUCCCACCCUCACCUGGCUGCCUACAAGGCCAGAAGAACUGGAGAAUCCUUUUAACACUGAGAUUGGAAAUGCACACUCUAGCUUCUACUUCAUUCCAUAACCAAAGCAAACCACAAGGCAAGCCCCAAGCUGGGAAUUGAGAAAGGACCUUCUACCCUCCAUGACACCAUGGACACCAGCAGGGGUGAAAUUGGGUGGAGUAAUUCUGUCUUAGGAUGUGAUGAGUCCUGGCUUAGACUUUGUUCAGCAUGGCCCACCCCGGAGAGGUCACUUGAGAAUGCAGCAGGUGCCUAGUGCUUAGAAACCCAACCAUGCUUCUCUACUAGGUCAGGAGCCCUAACAAGGCAAGGAUCAAUUUCCUUCCUCUCCACAUGGCCCAUUCCGUGUCCCCCAGUUCCUAGCACCAAGCCCUGCCCUUGGGCAUGACUCGGGAAUAUGAGUGACUGUGUGAAUUCAGACUGUUCCUUCCACCUACACAUGGGACUCCAAAUGUCACCAUACACUUAUUGACCAAAGGCCAGCAGAGGGUGCUAGCUAUUUGCCCCCUCUCUGUGAAGAGCCUGUACAAUUAGGGGCUAAGAUCUAUCCAGCAUCAAAUCUGUACUACUGUCCACACGGCCCUUCAACAAGGUCUCAACGCAUGGGCCAUUUAAGACUGAAAAUUUUCCUUUCCUGAAGUUGUAAGAGGAAGGCUGUUUAAGGGCACUGAUUGGAUCACUGGGGAUGGUGGUAUACAUCUGGCAUCCUAGCACUUGGGAGGCUGAGCAGCAGGAUUCUGAAUUUGAGUUCAACUUAGUGAAAACUUGUUGAAAAAUAAAGUGAAAAGAGACUGGGAUAUGACUCACUGCAAUGGUCCUGGGUUGAAGCCCUAAUACUGCCAAAAACAACAUAAAGCACAAGUCUCUCAGGGGUCCACAAGGCUUAAGGACAACUUUUAAGACAGAGAUUCACCAUGCAAACUAUCACUGGGCAGGUGUGGUGACACACACCUGAAAUCUUAGCACAUGAGAGACUAAGGCAGGCCAGCCUGGGCUACGUAACAAGUUCAAGGCUGCCCUAGACUAGGCAGUGAGAACCUAUCUCAAAAAGGCUUAACCCUAACCCUAACUGCCAUGGCAGCCUUCCGUAUAGACAUUAAUUUUUAAAGAAGAAGCAUAGAGAACUGUAAUUAAUACUAAAGAAGGGAACUGUCACCAGGACAGGGAUCAAGGUGGCAAGUGUGUUUUCAGGCCAUGAUUUAUGGUCAGUUGUUUCCCCUGGUCAUUAAAAGGGGACACACGCCAAACAGUCUCCGGCCCAGGCUGACAAAAGUGACACUGUAGGGAAUCCAGGGUGGUUAUGAGGUAUCUUAGGUAUAGUAUGUCACAAAUUAUUAAAAACUGAUGGCCCAUGGCUUUACAGGUUGAAUAAGAGAUUGCCUCUGUGAAUUACGAAGGAAUAAGGCAAUACGUCCCUUCACAAAUGCAUCUGGUUGAAAAGAGUUUGGUUUGCAACCAAAGCUUUUUGGCGAAAUCUAGCUUCCAUUCACAAAUUCCAAGUGACAAACAUUACUGUGGCCAUCUUCCCUACAUAAACAGGAAUGCAACCAAAUUCACCACAAAUCAUAAAACAAAUUAAGUUCGUAAAGCAGUACCAGUGCAUUUUGCUUUUGGGCGACUUGAGUGUACAGCUGGGAAAAGUAAUGUUAUAUAAUUUAGGCUGGUCUUGUCCUAGCCCUCCUCCUGCCUUAGCCACUACCGUGCCUGGCUUGAAGAGAAUGUUUUCUAGUUUUUUUUUUGUUUGUUUGUUUUUUAAUAAGGUAGUCUAGAACAAUUUACCUUCAAGAUAGAGGCAUUUGGUAAGCGUCUAGAAACAAGGUGAAGUACUUGGUAUGAGCUGCGUAUUGUGGGUUAUCUGUAGAGUUGCACAGCCUAGUAUAGGAGCCACUAGCCACCCUAUGACUAUUGAAAUAUAAAGGAAUACAAACUAAGUAAAAUUUAAAGACAGCGCCUCAGUCACACCAGCCACAUUCCAAAAGCUGUUCAGAAGGGAAAAGAAAUGCUUUGCUGAUCAGAGACAAUGUUUUAUUCCUUAUUCACUACUGAGUUUGGACCGAGACUCCAAGAAGGGAAGAAAUCUUAGGAGUCAUCUUCCCAUUCUAAUUAGAGUAUAAGUACUUAUAGCUGAGAGAAUUCAUGAGUCUUUGUGACUAAAACAACAAAACUGAAAACUCAGAUGAUUAUUUAAUCAAGCAGAUCUUUGUCAAUGUUAGAUACUGAAAGGGCACCAUGAAAUUUAAGAUGAUCCCUGCCACCUCAAGGAGGUACCCAUCUACCUAGAAAGAAAAGACUUCUGCCAUGACAGUAACUGCAGAGCCACCCUAGGUAGGUGCCACACUUAACCAUGCCAAAAAAACCUACAAAAAAAACAAAAGGCAGCUCCUGGUACCUGGCUGCUGAAUUGGUGGCCACUGGCUCGAUCUUUCACAGCAACUAGCAAGACAAAACAGAACAUUUUAAGUGAGCAAUGAAACUUGCAGACUCAUUGUUGUAGCAUCUACCAGAAUCUGUAGCUUGUGCCCUUGUUUCUUCAUUCUUCAUUUUCUUUUGUUUUCCCCUCUGCCAUGCAACUCUCUAGAUAUAUCUGUUGCAAUAGUUUCUUGUCUUUCUUUCUUUGAGACAGGGUCUCACUGGAUAGUUCAGGUUGGCCAUGAACUUACUAUGUAGACCAGUUUUACCUCACGGCAAUCCUCCUGCCUCAAGCUCCCAAGUGCUGAGACUACGGAUCACUAUAUCUGGAUUCUAGAUGUUUUUUUUAAUGCCUAUCUCAAGCCAGGGAUUUAGCUCAGCGGUAUGAGCACAUGCCUGGAAAAAACAAGGUUGUGAGUUCGAUCCCCACUAAUCAAUAAAAUGAAAUUCUUUA